AUGAUGUCUCCCACGAUGACACCAUCUACUUGGACAUUAGUCUUAUGCACCUUACUCCUGCAUCUUGUCGGCGCUCAUGCGUACAUACACGACUUUUCUUUCACUGGACAACAGCCCCUGCAUGAAUCUGUCAACAUUGCACAGGAUGGCUAUCAAAAGGGUGCUGUCGCGAGCGAGAGCAGAAACUGCAGCGAGCAUGGGAUUACAAUGUUAGAGAAGGGUGGCACGGCCGCGGAUGUUAUGGCUGCCACGGUGCUCUGCGUGGGUGUUGUCAAUAUGUACCACAGCGGCAUUGGGGGUGGUGGAUUCAUGGUAAUUCGUUACCCAGAUCCCAAGGAAGAUGGCGGGUUCGGGUACGAAACUAUUGACUUCCGCGAAGCUGCCCCGGCCGGUGCACACCAGAAUAUGUUUGAGGGGAUCGAGGACAGAGCCCAGGUGGGCGGUUUGGCCAGUGCUGUGCCCGGAGAGCUUCGCGGGCUGGAAUACCUGCUUCAAAACCAUGGCGCUCUCACCUGGAAAGAGGUGACAGAGCCUGCCAUUAAUGCUGCACGAUAUGGAGUGCCGGUGACCGAGGAUUUGAAAAACUAUAUGAAUCGGGCCGUUGGCAACGGCGAGGACUUCCUGCUCAAGUAUCCAUGGAGCGAGACCUUUGCCAGGCCCGAUGGGACUCGAGUGCGGGUGAACGAUACAAUAAAGAGAACAAAGUAUGCAGACACUCUGGAAGCAAUCGCAAAAGACAACAAUUUGAAGAGCUUCUACGAGGGAGACAUUGCAGAGAGUAUCGCAAAGGCAGUCCAAGACAACGAUGGCAUCAUGACUGUGGAAGACCUCAAAAACUACACUGUCAUCAAGCGGGGCCCACUGCACGUGUCUUAUGGCGACUAUAAAUUGACAAGUAUCAGGGCACCUGCCAGUGGUUUUAUUGCAUUGAAUGCGCUGAAGGUUUUGAGUAAUUACGAGGACUUCUUCAACGGUUCUGAAGAGACCAUGUCGCUGGACACCCACCGGAUGGUGGAAGCAAUGCGGUUUGGAUAUGCGAUGAGACCGAAACUGGGAGAUCCCGCUGGGAAGGCGUAUAUUGAAAAGUUCCAGGAGGAUAUGUUGACCGAUGAAGCUACUUACAAUAUCUACAAAUCAAUCAAUGACACCACCACGUUCGAGGAAGAUCAUUAUAACCCUGGUGGCUAUGGAAUACCCAAAGGAGGAGGCACCUCGCACCUGGUCGCAGCCGACGACUCCGGAUUGGCGAUUUCGCUCAUUACAUCGGUCAAUCUGUUUUUCGGCAGCCACGUCAUGGAUAACGAGACAGGCAUCAUCCUGAACGAUUCAAUGGACGACUUCUCUAUCCCCGGCACCCGCAACGCAUUCAACUACGUCCCUGCCCCCGAGAACUUCAUCCGACCGAGAAAAAGACCCCAUUCGUCCAUGUCUCCCCUGAUCGUGACUGGUAAAGACAAAUUCACAUUCCUCACCGGCUCAGCAGGAGGCAGCCACAUCACCAGUACCACCAUUCAAAACACCCUCCAUGUCCUCAACCAGGGAUUGAACGCGAGCGCGACAUUGGCGAAGGCGCGUCUCCAUGACCAGGUGAAUCCUUACUACUGCUCCUUCGAACAUGGCCGCGGGUUUGAUGUGCACACGGAAAAAUACAACGAGAGCAUCGUGGCGUACAUGGCCGGGCUAGGCCACAAUGUGAGUUGGAUUAUGCCUGGCUUGAGCACGUCGCAGGCGGUUUUAUGGUCUGCCGAAGGGGGGUUCGACGGCGCUGGGGAGCCUCGGCAGCAGAAUUCUGGAUGGGCUGGGAAGUGA